UCAGAGUCCGAGGUCGCCUCUUGCCAAGUGGCCCUGCCGCUCCCGUCCCUCCCACCGGGUAGGGUUUGGCCGCGGGGGCGCAUCUGGGCGCGCGGUUUCGGUCUGACCCGACUCUGAGCUAGUUUCGAUUAGGGACACUGGCUGGGCGAGAGGGCGGAGCGGUCGAGACGCGAGAGAGGAGGGGACUCGGUGUGAGAGACUCAGUGGGAACAGUCCCGCGCGGGAGACAAAGAGCGUCCAGAGAGCGCAGUGAGCAUCGCUACUACCCACUCAGCCUGGCACCUCUCCGACUUGGGGAUCCCGGGGUUGGGGUGUGCUGAGGAACAGGCACAGGUGCUGGGGACCCACGAGGCUACGCGAGAUGCGGACGCCGGUGGUGAUGACUCUGGGCAUGGUGCUCACGCCCUGCGGGUUGCUGCUCAAUCUCAUCAGUACACUGGCCCCUGGCUGGCGGCUGAUGAAGGGCUUUCUGGACCAGCCGGUGGACUUGGUGCUGUACCAGGGCCUGUGGGACAUAUGUCGUGAACAGAGCAGCCGCGAGCGCGAGUGUGGCCAGCCCGACGAUUCAAACUACUUCGAGACUCAGCCUGUGCAGGUGGCCCGGGGACUCAUGAUCACGUCACUGGCCACCAACGCCGUGGGACUGCUGCUGGCGUCGCUCGGCGUGCGCUGUUGGCAAGAUGAGCCCCACUUCGGGCUAGCCGGCCUCUCGGGCGUCGUGCUUUUUGCCGCCGGCCUCUUCAGCCUCGUCCCAGUCUCCUGGUACAACCAUUUCUUGGCGGAUCGCGACGUCCUGGCCGCCCCGAACAGCCCGGUCACCGUGCAGGUCAGCUACAGCCUGGUGCUGGGCUACCUAGGCAGUUGCCUGCUUCUACUAGGCGGCUUCUCGUUGGCGCUCAGUUUUGCGCCUUGGUGCAAAGAGCAUUGUCGCCGCUGUCGCAAGGCGCCCCCCUCAGGUCCGCGCCGCAGCAGCAUCAGCACGGUCUACGUGGACUGGCCGGAGCCCGCACUCACACCGGCCAUCAAGUACUACAGCGGGGGUCAGCAUCGGACUCCUCCCGGCGAGCAUAGGGCCACCAGCAAGCUCAAGGUUGGAUUCCCGAUGCCACGGCCACCGCCCAAGGCCUACACCAACCCGAUGGACGUGCUUGAGGGAGAAAAGACGGCCACCUCCCAAGGCGGUUCUUCCUCUCGCAGCACUAGGCCCUGCCACAAUUCUCUGCCUUGUGACUCAGACCUGUAAACAUGGCUCUGCCUGGGGUCUGAGGAUGACUUGAACUUGUGCGUUGCCAUGACAUCUGCCACC